AUGACUACCUCCGGACAUGCAGCAUUCUGUCAGCGACAAUUUGCAACAUUCUGUGAGUGACAGUUUGCAACAUUCUGUAAGUGACACUUUGCAACAUUCGGUACGUGACAAUUCGUUAUCUAGUAUUUCAUUGUAUCACGAUCUCAUUGAACAGUGCCCUUCUGGCUUCUUCUCGGAUUGCGACAUGAACGUUGUUUAUCUUAGUGAUAGUGUUACGCAAGAGUGCUUAUCGCACACGGACUCUUCAGACGUGUCGGAGCCGUGUAGUUUACUUACUGCAGCACGUGCUGUCCCCUCACAAGAGGAUUUAUUGUUGUCAAAUCUCCGCACGAGCGGGUCGGCUCUGGAUGAGCCAGUGUCUCCAGUUAUUCCCUCACAUGAGGAUGUGUUGUUGUCAAAUGUCCGCACACGCGGAUCGGACUUGGCUCGGCCAGCGUCCCGAGUAAUUUCCUCAGGUGAGGAUGUAAUGUUGUCAGAUCUCCGCACGAGCGGAAUGGACUUCGAUUCUUCUGCUGUCAAGUUAUUGAAUGAACUCAGCGUAUGUACGUUCGUCACGGAUUCCCCAGCGGAUCGGCCAACACCCAGCGUAGCAGACUUCGCGAGUUGGCAUGCUCGGGUUCGACAGUCAGGCGUACCCAAUUUUAAGUCCGAGCGCAUUCCAGUACCCACCAAGCUACACGUUUCCGCAUGGCGAGGUCUCCUAGAUGGUUUUCAUGACACUGUCUUAUGUGACUUCCUGGAGUUCGGCUUUCCAGUUAAUUACGAGUCAUCCGCACAACCGCGAGUGCCGCGCACCAACCACCCCUCGGCUUUGCAGUACUCCAGUCAUGUGGACAGGUUCAUCAGCACUGAGUUGUCGCACGGAGCAACAAUAGGGCCGUUGUCGCCGGCCACGUUCAGUCCCGGUUUGGUGUGCAAUCCGUUGCAGACGGUUCCGAAGAAAGCCUCUCCGGAUCGUCGCAUCGUAGUGGACUUUAGUUACCCGCCCGGGUCUUCAGUUAACGACGGGAUCCCCACCGGGACCUAUCUCGGUCAGCCGCAUCGGCUUCGCUACCCCUCCAUGGAUGAUUUCAUUGCGUUAGUUGUCAACUGGGCCGGCAGCAGGAUAGUAGUCAUGUGUGACAAUGAAGCAUCGGUUACUGUGUUGAACUCUGGCCGGAGCCGCUCCCCGUUCCUCCAAACCUGCUUACGGAAUCUGUGGCUCUGUGCGGCCGUAGGGCAGUUCGAGCUUCGCGCCAUUCACAUCCCUGGCCUCGAGAAUCGCCUUGCUGAUCACCUCAGUCGCUGGACGUCUUCCAACUACCACCAGAACGAGUUUCUGCGUUUAUCAGCACACAUGCACGUCUGUGAGGUAGAAGUAUCGUUGCAGCACUUCGAUUUACUGACUCAGUUGUAAUUUUACAGGUCAUCACACGCAG